GCUCAUCACUAGUCUUAAUAAUAAUAAAUAAGAAAUAACAAAGGUAACUACUACUUGUAGGAUGUCAGCAAUUACGGAAAUACCUGUCCAUCUACCAAAGCUGUUGGCACUGUUCAAAACAGUUGUGCCCAUACUGUCCAACAAUAAGUACAAGGGGCAGUAUGGACGAAUCGGCGUUAUCGGUGGUUCCUUGGAGUACACCGGUGCCCCCUACUUUGCGGCAAUUUCAUCAUUAAGAGUUGGGGCUGAUUUGGCGCAUGUGUUUUGCCAUUCGAAUGCAUCAGCAAUUAUCAAGUCCUAUAGUCCUGAUCUGAUCGUACAUCCUGUACUGGAUUGCGUAGACGCAGUUGAGAAAAUAACCCCCUGGUUGGAACGGCUUCAUGUGAUUGUUAUUGGCCCUGGAUUGGGCAGGGAACCCGGUAUCCUAAAAACAGCAUCAAACAUACUCAAGCUUUGUCUAGGUUCAAAACCAGUUGUUAUUGACGCCGAUGGACUGUUUCUUCUUAACGAUAACUACGAUUUGAUUUGUGGACAGCGCAAUGUUAUUCUCACACCAAAUGUCAUGGAAUUCCGGAGACUAUUUGGGGAGGAUAUCAAUGCGGCUCGCCAAAAAAUGUCCUUGCUUGGCGAUGGAGUCGUCAUUCUCGAAAAAGGCGCCAAUGACAAAAUUUAUAUUUCUCAAGCCAACGAAGUUCACACAAUGCCACUUGGUGGAUCAGGUCGCAGAUGCGGAGGCCAAGGCGACUUGCUUUCCGGAUCCUUAGCAACAUUUUUCUUUUGGUCGCUACAAUCAAAUGAACCUAGUCCAGCCCUUAUUGCUGCCUGCGCCUCUAGUUAUUUUGUGAAGAAGUUAAACCUAGCAGCAUUUCAAAAGUUAGGACGUAGCUUGUUAGCGAGUGAUAUGGUAAAUGAAAUACCCGCAAUAUUUCAGGCUGAGUUUGAAAAUAGUGACUCUCAAUAAGUUUAAUGUAACGACCGAAAAACUGACUGACGUUUUAUAUAGCAAUAUUUUGAAAUUCCUUUUUCUUAAAAAAUAAUAUUAUUAAAAAGACCAUUAUCAGUGAGAGCGAGGGGUUUAAACCCCAAUCUGUUACCUUAUAUUACUUUGUUAUAAUUGCAACUAAUUUUGUUCUGUAACGUAAGAACAUAUGUUUUACAAUUAUAUUCAUUUGAGAACAUGCAACGCAUUUAGAAUUUUAAUAGAAUUAUAUUUUGUAAAAAAAAAAGGGCAAAAUACUUCGGUUACAAUAAAGCUGUAAAAAGUGGUUAUGGAACUGGUUUUAUACACUGCAAAAAAACUGUUAAAAAAUAUUAUGUAAUUGUAUUUUAAAUUGGUAACAUGAUCGUCAACAGAUUAUUACGAGGACAAAUAAAAACAUAAAACAUUA